GUAGCUGCGGUAAGGUGUUAAGGUGCGGCCAUGUUUACCCGACCGUGUAGUAUUUGUUGAAAAAUCUCUGCCUUUUUGAUAACUAAACAGGAUGCCCAAAUGUAAAGCGAAGACGAGAUUCAUACCGGCCACGUUCGCCUGGACAAUUCUGCUCGGCACGACCACCCUCUUCUUCGUGUACCCGAGCCACUUUUACAUCAAGACGUACCCAUGGGUGCUGUUAGUGCAGGGGCUCAUCACCCUGUUCGUGCUUGCCAACUUCACCCUGGCCACCUUCAUGGACCCCGGCGUUAUCCCCAAAGCAAACGCAGACGAAGACCGAGAAGACGACUUCCGUGCACCGCUUUACAAGAACGUGGAGAUCCAUGGCAUAACGGUGCGCAUGAAGUGGUGCGUCACCUGCCAGUUUUACCGCCCGCCGCGGUGCUCGCACUGCAGCGUCUGCAAUAACUGCAUCGAGACCUUCGACCAUCACUGUCCAUGGGUGAACAACUGCAUCGGUCGGCGAAAUUACCGCUACUUCUUCAUGUUUCUCAUCUCGCUCAGCAUCCACAUGAUGAGCAUCUUCGCUCUGUGUCUCAUUGUUGUGCUUCACUCCAAGGACAAGCUGGCCGAGCUCAAUACAAUAAUCUGCAUGGUUAUCAUGGGUAUCAUUGCGCUCCUUUUCAUCCCCAUCUUCGGUCUCACUGGCUUUCACAUAGUGCUCGUCUCAAGAGGCCGGACGACGAACGAACAAGUCACUGGCAAAUUCAAAGGUGGUUUUAAUCCAUUUUCGCGCGGAUGUUGCCAAAAUUGCUGCUACGCUCUGUGCGGUCCACAAUUCCCAAGCUUGCUGAAGCCUAGUAAGUUUGUCGGCAAGAAACCCAAGCACUACAACUUCCCGGUCAACCCGCCCGCUAUCUCGACCAUCACGAGCGAAAACCAGGUAAAAACCUACAUGGACAGCAGCAAUGGCACUAGAAAUCCCAAUGCUAGAAUAUACAGCAAGCUCUCUCCGGGCCGGGAAGGUUCGGACAUCGACAUGGAGCCAACGGCGUCCCAGAGUCAGGACUGCGAGCCGACGCCGCCACCUCUGCAGCGGCACGGCUCCAAAAACAACUUCUACCUGCCGCCAGGGGCAGAGGUGGACAUGCGAUCGUACAACGACUCGCCCAGGCCAGGGCAUGUCCAGCAGAUGAAGACGCAGUACGGCCGGGCGUCUCCUUACCCAAGACCAAGCAUGUCCAGAAGUCACACUCCGGACCCAUUGUCCCCUGAGAGUCAACAGCCCAUUGGCCGAAGUCCAGGUCUGCCGCCGAGCCCGACGAUGCAGCAGCGCAUCAAGGCCAUUGGCGUGCCCACCCCGCUGGCCAUGUCGAGUCCAAUCAGGAGGUCCAACCCCGGAACUCCUACCCAGCCACGACGACCAGACUUUAUCGGGGUGGGGUGCGAGACAGUGCUCGGUAACCAGCACCCGUACCUGCAGCAGCAGCAGCCGCCGCCGCCGCCCCAGUACUACGAAAUGCAGCCGCGGGUGCACCACCGGCCGCCGGUGAUGGCCGCCGUCGCGGCCAACGGCACCGCCGGCAACAUGAGUCCGCAGCGCCGCUUCCUGUCCGAGGGCGAGUUGGUGCGGCAGACGGGCGAGAUGACCUUGUACACCCGCGCCGGCGCCACCGCCGACAACAUCCGCGAGCUGGCCGGCUCGCCCCAGCGCGGCGUCUACACCUGGAAGGACACGUCCCCAGGGCCCUACCCUUCGGAGAGCCCCACGGGCUACGAGUACGUGGGCCACCGGCCACCGCCCGCCCAUCGAGACUUCCACCGCUCCACCCCCGCCAGCCCCACGCAGACCUUCUCCGCCCCCAGGCCCACCUACUACCACCAGCUGCCUGGGGCCGCCCAGGCGGCCGCUGCGGCCGCGGCCGCCGCAGCCCAGGCGCGCCUCCAGCAGCAGCAGCAUCAGCCGCCGACGUCGCCGCAGCUGAAGAGGAAGGCCGAGCAGCUGCAGCACUGCAGACCCAGUCCGGGCUCGCGAAGGCCCAUGUCCUUCGUGCGCGCCCUCGAGAUGUCCGACUCGAUGGAGAUGAGCGCGCGCAGCCCCCAGACGACCGCCUCCAACCCCUCGCCGCAGGACACGCCGGACAGGGGCAGUGUCUACGACAUGAGCUACGAGAUUUCCGUCUGAGGCGCCGCCGACGGACGCAAGUGGCUCCGGCAAGGGGCGCCGCCGCACCCGACGAUCAGACUCCACGAGCAGUCUGCAAAACCCCUCCUUUCUUCUGACGACGAUUAUUGAGUUGUUUCCCCGAAACUGCGGUUUUUGUUUUUAAUUUGUUACUUGUUAUCAUUGGAUUGUUUUGAAUGGAAGCUGAAAUUUUUGUGGACCUCCGAAGUGUUAGAAAAAAAAUCAUUUUUUUCAAUUGGCAGCUCUACAAUAGAUUUUUUUUUUACUCUGUUGACCAAAUUCUGUUUGCAUUUGAAAACUUUGGCUUCUAAAAACCGAUGGAAAACAGAAUUGUUUCCUUAAAAAGCAAUUUAAUUAAAAAGUGAUAAAAGUUUUCAUUUUCUUGAGAGGUCCUCUUUUAGUCUUUGAUUGUCUUUAUUUUUAUUUUUCAGUUCACUGUUCCAAUUUGGAGCGUUUUUUUUAUAAUAAUUUGGUUUGUGAAAAUUUUAACCCCUGUGCCAUGCAAUGCGGAUGCGCCCCUUGGUCGAGCCAGUGCGCCCAGGCGUCUCGGAGAAAUGUGGAACUUGCUGCUGCUGUGAUUGGCUGCUUGUUGUUAUACACUUGGCUCUAGUCUUUCUUCCAACGUUGUAACAAAUCGAACCCUUCCCUACCCUCGACGGACGGUGACAAAAAACCUCAAUCAAACGAAUUAACAAACAUGUAACUCGUGUAAUUAAGAAGAAGAAGAAGAAGUGCCAACGACCUUUGGAUAAAAUAAAAAAUUAUCAGAGUGCCCCGCCGUGAACUUUCAGAGCCAAUUUUCAAUUAAUUAACAUAUGUACAAGUGUGUUCGCUUCAGUUGAAUCGAUUUGUGUCCGAUGUUGUCACGCACGCACGCUUCUUGUGAACCACGUUUGUGUCUCUCAUCAGCCAUUAUUAUAUAAAUAUAUCUCUAAUUAAAUAAUUUUUGUGUUUCUCGUUGAUUCACUCACUCGUGUCUGUGUACUUAACGCAUCAUCGCUAUAUCAAAUGUUAUGAUUUUCUCGAAUCAAACCGCGAGUUGAGUGUAGAAAAAUUUCAUGUACUUUUUCGCUGCCCCCGAUGAUGGUCGAUAAUAAUGGAUGUUUCCUCUCUGAGAUAUUUUUUAAAUCCUGAGAUGUUCAAAUACACGACUCACACACUCACGCCAAUCUGGAAACGACGAGGGUGAUUAUUAUUCGCUCUUUUCCAGAUUCGCGGCCGCCACUUUUUUCCAUCCACGCUACUUACAGACUUUGUCUUGUUGAUUCGUGAACAGAAAUUAAUGCGAAAGAAGUGAAUAUAUAAAUUCUCACGCGCUAUUUAAAGAACGAUUGAUUUGUUGAUUAUUUUUAAUUCGUUAGUUAAUUGUUGCCACUCCUCACUUGCCGACUCAAUGCAUAUAUUUUUUAAGAUUAUAAUUACGUAGUUAACAUAAUAAUUAUUCAUUCAAUGCGUCUCAUAAACAUUACAAAACGUGCGUUCGUAACUUCUAAACACAUUUUAACAUUCUUUGGUCUGGGAAGCGGUUUCUCUCUCUGUCAAUGCGUCAUCUAGUCUUUCUCGCAUCUAAAAACAAACAUGCAAAAACACUUUUGUUUUCCUCCUAAAAUAAUUCAGAAUUUCUUUCCGAGCAGCCGCGCGUUUUUUCGUUUAGUAAUUUUUAAGGAACCAUAAUUUCUUUCAAUAACGAGACCAAGAAGUCGGUUUGCAAUAAAACCCAGUUAGUGUUACAGAAAAAAAAAACAAUCCUGUCAGGUUUGGGGAAACAAAUAAUAGAUGACGUUGCAUUUUGUGUUUCGAUUUUUAACAGUAAAGAAGUCUUCGAAGAUGCUAAAAUGGUUGUGAUGCUUGGAAUAUAUUUUGUGUCUCUCGGAACGAUUUUCGUGCUAAAAUUUAUUGUAUGGAUUAACAUUUUGCUGCUCUAUAUAUUCUCUCGUUGAAAACAACCUUUUCAAAAAGGAAACGCUCGAGACCACUGCUGAUACAAAGAAGAAAAAAAAUACUGUUGUCUCCUUAAAUGUGCGACGAAAAUAAAACUGCAGGCAUUCUAAAUUUGUCACUGAAUGUACCAAAAUAAUGUAUAUUGGUCGCAUUUUUCAUCCAGACGCCCGAGAAUAUUUAUUUUUUGUUAGAGUUGUAGUGAACCCAGUGGAAGAGACGAAUAAAAAUGUAUAAAUAAAAGAUGAGCGAACGGGAGAACACGAGUGUUAAAAGUGAAUAUUAAGGAAGAGCAAAACGUCAGUGUUAUAAAUCGCAGGAACACAAUUCAUUGAGGAGGAUAAUGUUUUUUUAAAUAAAAGUAACAAAAUGAAAAUACAAAU